UUACUUCAUGGCGAAUCACCACUCAUAACAAUAUUGAAUACUUCUCUAUAAAUUUUUAAGAGUACCUGGAAAGCAUUUCGUGUAUAUUCGAUUUAGUAAAUAAGUAGCAGAUGUUAAUAAUGAACACGUUUUUGGCAAUAACGUUCCAUUAAAUCAAAUCUAUAGACGAACAAAUCAGCGAGAUAAGAUGUUGAAGAUUCGUGUCACUUUUAAGUACUAUCGAUAAAUGUAACGGUCAAUAACACCACAAUAAUUUUUUAUUAAUAAAUGUCAGACAGUAUGGCUAGCAGAGAAACGUCAAUUAAUUCAAAAAACUCGGAUGAUCACAGUGUCGAGACACUAGCAGAAGUUUUUCGAUGUUUCAUUUGUAUGGAAAAGCUUAGGGAUGCGCAUCUGUGUCCUCAUUGCAGUAAAUUGUGUUGCUACACUUGUAUAAGAAGAUGGCUAACAGAGCAACGCUCUCAAUGUCCUCAUUGUAGAGCAUCUUUACAUCUACAUGAAUUGGUGAAUUGCAGAUGGGUAGAGGAAGUGACACAGCAGCUCGAUACACUUCAAGCAGUUGGUAUAUCAAAUUCUAGGCACGAUGAUUCUAAUAGAGACAGGUGUACUGUGCAUCAUGAGAAGUUAUCGGUUUAUUGUUGGACUUGUCGCAGGUGUAUAUGUCACCAAUGUGCCCUAUGGGGUGGAACUCAUUCGGGUCAUACUUUCAAACCUCUAGAAGAUGUAUAUGAACAGCAUGUUACACAAAUAAAAGCAGAAGUAGGACAAUUGAAACGUAGAUUAAUGGAGUUGAUAAGUCUUGUUCAAGAAGUGGAACGUAAUGUUGAAUCUGUAAGAGCUGCUAAGGAUGAAAGGGUUAGAGAAAUCAGGAAUGCGGUAGAACUAAUGAUAGCACGUCUAGACUCUCAAUUAAAGGCAAAAUUAUUGACACUAAUGGGUCAGAAGAAUUCUUUGACUUUAGAAACAGAGCAACUAGAAGCUUUGUUGCAAGAAGUGGAACAUCAGCUGCAUUCUUGUACUCGAUCAGAAUUGAUAAUUAAAAGUGCAGACUUGUCGCGAAUGAUACAUCAAGUAAGAAAAAAACCAAUGACAAGUUUUGUAACAGCUCCUGUACCUGCGGAUUUUCAUAGUGAAAUUGUACCAGGAUAUGAUAGUGCAACCUUUGCAAUGCAAAAUUUUACUCAACUACAGCUGAAAGCAGAUCCUGUUUAUUCAGCUCCUUUACAUGUAAAUGGUUUGUGUUGGAGAUUGAAAGUGUAUCCUGAUGGGAAUGGAGUUGUUCGUGGAAAUUAUUUAUCUGUUUUUCUGGAGUUAAGUGCAGGUUUACCGGAAACGUCCAAAUAUGAAUAUCGAGUUGAAAUGAUACAUCAGGGAUCUCGUGACACAAGUAAGAACAUUGUUCGAGAAUUUGCUUCAGACUUCGAAAUUGGUGAAUGUUGGGGUUACAACAGAUUUUUCAGAUUAGAUUUACUUGCAACUGAAGGGUACUUAAAUACGGAAUUAGAUACACUUAUACUGCGAUUUCAGGUACGACCACCGACGUUUUAUCAGCGUUGCAGGGAUCAACAAUGGUACAUUAGUCAAUUGGUUACAGUUCAGAACCAGUAUGCUGCUCAAAUUAAUGAGUUAAAAGAGAGAUUGGCGAUAGAGAUAUCUCGAAAUGCCAUGACAGCAACAAGAGUAUCAAGUGGAACAUUAUGUGGGCCAACAUCAAAUGUAACAUCACUGGUGAUGCAACAACAGUCACAAGCAGCUGGGGAUCCAUUAUUGAACUCUAAUACGUCUCGUUCCAUUGAACCAUAUCAAAAUGGUACAUCGACAAGUCUUGCUUGUAACAGAUCAUUACAGAAUGUGCUCUCUAGUGGAGGAAAUAAUAGUAGUACCAUGGCAGGUGAUCAAUUAAUGCCUAUGUGCCAACUAGGAAAUGUUUCAAACAUACGUCCACCUGGAUCUUCUUCAACGUUAUCGUCUAUUUCAUCGAAAGCAAGUUUAAAACAACAUAGAGGGAAACCAGAAUCUCCCAAUUUGCAUGGCACAAAUGACGGAUCUUCUGGAGAUGGUCAAAAUAAUGGUGUUCAUUCCCCCUCGCCUUCUUAUUCUCCACCGAGAGAAGGGUUCAAGGUGCUCAAUCAGCAACCGUUAACCCUUUUGUGUAGUAGCAGCAGUAGUGAUAGCGGAGAAUUUAGCGAACAUGAUAUAUAUUUGGAUGAAUGUGAACAUAAUGAGCCACAUUUAACGCUGUUAGACGAAAAUUCAAAUGACGAAAAUGACGUAGACGAUGAAACUAUGUCAGGUACGAGUUCGAACAGGGAUUCUAUAGACGUGCAAAGGCGUAGUCAGCGGGACUGCAACUUAGAUAAAGGAGAGAAUGAUGUAGAAGUUGCAGAAUCGUUAACGCCGUGGAUUCAGAACAAACAACGUACAAAGCAGCAGAACAAUCGAGAUAGUACUGGGGAUACCUGCAGAUUGCGUGGCAAUGAUAGUUUAGAAGAUGAGAUAAUGUUACUACAUCUGUUUGAAAUGCAAGAUAGGAAUUCCGCAUGGACUUCUUUGUGUUUCAAUCAACAUGUAGAUGAUACAAAUGACUCUAGAACUUCUUUGACAAGUUUGCAUCACAGUUCUAGUCCUUUGCAUUGUAAUUCGACUCUAUCAACUCAUGGAUCAUCUUCAUUUUCACAUAAACACCAUGAACUUGAUUCAGCCUGUAACGAACAAUUUUCUGAUAAACGCUCAACUUGUCCAUCUCAUCUUUGCCAGCCUCAAAUGAUGUGCAAUGGUAGAUCCAAUUUAGGUCAGCUAUCUAAUAUGUAUCAGCAAGAUGUAUCCGGGUUAAUGGCUUGUGGAAGUCAAACAAGAUCUGAACCCGCGACUCGUUCGAACUCUAUAGAUUGCGAUAAGGAUCUUCCAAAGAUAUCUCUAGUUAAUAAAAUUAAUCACGAGGUGGAAACAUCCAGAUCGGACUUAAUAGUGCCAAAUGUAUUGGACAGCAAUAAAAUCGUAUCUAAGCAUUUACUGUCACGACGACAAUCGUCGCCGUCGUCGUCUGGCAAUGUUAGCGUAAUAAGUAACGAGAAUAGCAAAGUAUUCGAAUUUGAACAAUUGUUGGAAACUAUUCAGUUGUAUCCUAUACCUCAAAAAGACACUGCUAGUUGUUUUAACAAAUUAAGAAAAAAUAUUUCCACAGAGGGGAAAAGUAACAGUUGCACAACUUCCGGAAUCAAAACUGCCACACUUUCUUCGUUAAGCCAUGAUGCGCCAUCAUCGUCAACGAGUACUACAACCGAUGCUAUACCAAAUCCUAACAAUUAUAGUUGGGCUCCUGCGUUAUAUCAACAUAAACACAGUCAAAAGAACAUUUUGGACACUACCAUGCAAGCAUCUUCUAGCGAAAAUUCUAAUAAAUCGACUACUGAGAAGUCGUUAGAAGAAACUAACUCUCCAGGUUCUUCCUGAAAUUACGUUUGCGAUACUUAUUUCAUACAUGUACUGUGAUUUAUGUUCAUCUAAACGUUAAUAUUGUUGUUAGAAGUGAUAGGAAAAAGUGAGACCACUGAGAUUAGAAAACUGAUAUUUAAAUAUAAUAACAUGCUUAAAAAGCAUAAAGAAAACGAAUGCGACUUCAAUAUCAUUCCACAUUAGUGUGAUAGUGUGAUUUAUAUUAUUUAUCAUUAUUUAUUAUUCGCUCCUAAUUACAUAUUCAGACAAAUUCCAUGUUUUUAUUUAGACGCUAAUAUUAAUAUAUUAUACACUAUCAAAAUAAUCA